AUGGCGGUAGUGUCCCUAGCGGCAUGCCUAGCCUCCAGAGCAACGGACGCCCGCAACAACAGGUCUCCGCCCAAGAAGCACAGACGCAUCCUGGACCUGCCGAUGGCGUGGGCACGGGCCCGGAGACGCGACCCUUCCCUGUCUCCGGUCAUCUUCGACACGAUGCCCUACUCCAGGCCAAGCGAGUGCUGUCCCUCGGUCACCGAAGCCAUCCAACCGCUAGGCGGCGUCUCCAUCACCGGCCGAAUCCUGGAGCUGUACCGGGAAGACAACGCCACGCAACGCUUCUACCAGACCUCUUGCAGGGACCACGUCAGGGGAAGGCCCUGCCGGUUCAUGCGCUCAAAGUACGAGCCCCACUCCCGCUGCGUCCAGACCUACAGCUACAUGUACGCCCUGGUCCGAGAGUUCCAGUCGGACGCGCCAUGGAGACUGGAUUACAUCCGAUACCGGAACGGCUGCACCUGCCAGAUACAACGGCCCAGGACCUACAAAAAAAGAAAAAAAAGGAAGACGCAGCCCCGCUGUCAACGGCUAAACCAGGGCCUCGAAACUCGUCCAACACAAAAAAGUUCGAUCGAUAUUCGGAUACUGCCGCGAGCCACCCUCCUCGGCAACGUGCACGCGGUAAGAUCAAGACAGUAUGCAACCCCGACGGACAACAAACCCGACUGA